GGCUACCCAAACAGAUACCUACAAUUCCAAUGGUUUGCGUGUCCUUUCACUUUUCUAACCACUAACAUGGAUUCUACCAGUGACACUACAGGUGAGACACAGCUAGUGUCUCAAUGGACUCGACCUACCGACGGUGUUACUAAGAAUAUCAGCCACCUGGACGACGACAACACAAUGUCGCUAGAAAAUCGCGAAUCUCUAGGCCCAGCGGUGGGAGCAGAAGAUUGCGACGAGGGCUGCCGUCUCAAUAGAGAAAACUCAGAGGAGAUUCUAGAAGAGGUCUACGAGUCCUCGGUUACUCCAGGCGACGAGAACGCUGAAUCUCAAGCGCCAUGGGAAAGCAGCGAGCCACGUGACACGCGAGAGAGUCUAUUCCAACUGCUAGGAGACGUCGACAGCCUAACACGCAUUCAUUUGGCGGCGUGUACGGACGACAGCGAGACGUGUGGAAUGAAGGACGAAGCCGACGCCAAUCUAGAGCGGCAAGCGGACUUAGAGCUGGCGGCGAAGAUUGGGCAGGCGCUUGUGCAGAAGAACGAGGCUUUGCUGCAGGAGCUGAGCAUGUCACGACACCGACAAGAGGAACUGGAAGACAAUAUGAAACAGUUGGCACACGAGCUGGGACAGAAAGAAGACCUUCUGAAGCAGAUGUCUGCUGAGUGGCGAGAACAGGAAAUGGUUCUUCUUCAUCCGAAAUUCUGGAACCACGUUGAAGACUCGGAGAACGGAAGCGGCAGACUAAGACAACAGAGUAGUAGUCCUUCGAUUUGCUCCGAAGAUGUCGAGGCUCUACAAGAAGAAUGCAAGCAGUUAUCCGUGUCGAAUUCGGAACUGUUGGAAGAAGGUCUUGACCUUCGCGUGCAGUCACUUCAGGUUGAGAAAAAAGAGAGCGAUCUAAUUACUCAGUGUGUACAAAAACUGGCUGAUGCUGAUGAUCGUAUAGCAUGGCUCAUCGACGUGGCUGAUCAGAAGGCCGAAGAAGCGAGAAAGCAUGAUGCCGAGGCAAAACGACUGAAGGAUCAUCUGGAUGAGUUGAAGAGUCGAAGUGAAGAUUUCGUGAAGAGCGAUCAUGAACUUCAUCAAGAGUUGCUGUCGGCGAGUCAGAAGGAGCUCGAGUUGCAGGCUCAAGUGACCGAAUGGCAGAACAAGUAUGUGGAGUGUCAUGAGAUGUUGAAAGUGGCACAGGAUGAGGUUCGGUACUGGAGAGGACAAAAUAUGAUGUCUGGUCACAUGACUAUGACCAACAGUGGUGCCAUUCAACCUUCAGGCCAGCCUUCACUCGAUGACGAAAUCCAACACACCAUAGAGCAUGAACUAUUUACUGAAUCGAAGCCGGCCACGUCGACUCCUCAAAAACAGCUGUCCGAUGUUGCUCGAGUGAUGCAGACGGUGAAAGCAGCAAAUCGGAAUUUGAAUAUCGAGGAGAUAAGUGGAACGACCGACAUCGACGACGACGAACUCGCCGCACCUCUGGUCUCGUUUCACGACAUAAGUCUUGAUUCUGGCGUCGAAUCCGAGCAGCACAGAGCCACCGAGCGAACUGAAGUUGGUGUGAGGUCGACGUCUGUGAGCAGUCAGUCGAUCGUGGCUCAAACGGCAGUGCAGCCUGGUCGGUCGUCUGACACUAAUUUGUCGGGUGAACUCGCAUCGGGUUUUGCUUCUGAGAUUCGGUUGCGUACGAUCGAUCGUGUUCAAGUGUAUUCUGCACCUGAGAAGCUACAGAUCGUCAAGCCUCUUGAAGGCUCUAGAACAUUAGGCAAGUGGCAGCAACUAGCAGCAACCGGAUCGAGUGGAUUUGGUCAGUCAACAUUAGAGUUACCUGGAAUUCAGGUGAAGCAGAGAGAGCAGCAAAGGACAUCAGAGGUUGAUGUUUUGGGCGAAGAAACACAAACGCAGCAGAGAGGUCGAGAAAAGUCAUCACGCGGGUUAGGAAUCGCAUUGGAUCCUGAUAAUCAAUUGAAAGGUAUUGCACGACGAGUGUCAGUGGAGAGUCCGCGUCGUGAACAACCGGUUGCACUUAAAAACGAAGAGACGAAGGUAGAGACUGAUGUGGAUUUGACGUCGACUACAUCUCGACCGUUCGGUUACCUUGCUAGUCUUUUGAGUCGGCCGGUCGGUCCGUUUGGUUCUCUGUUGUCUCGGAGUCAAUCGAUUGGGUUGAAGAGGCUGCUGUCGGCUUCGUUACCUGUGAAGCAAUCUCUAGCUGAAGGACACGACUCUGAGGACUCUAUUGAGUAGGCUUGAGUCGUGGUUUAGUGUUUUAUGUGCAACUGGAGAGUUCGAUAAUAUAUUGGACUGUACAGUGGAAUUUAUAUUGUCAGUUAUUUAUUUGUAUCAUAUUCUGGUGUAUUUUAAUACUGCAAUUUGGAUGUGUCAUUGUUUGAAGCCAUCACCAGCACCCAUGACAUGCAGUUGUAGCUCACACGCUAAUGAAAUGUGAUAUCAGACAGUAAAAGCCAUUGACUACUCAGUUACAAAUGCAUUAAUGGAGAGCCAAUAGCAACGGGCAUUGC